UUUCAUUCAAAUUGAAAUUCUAUUUGAAGGUAGUCUCCACUGCUUCAAACAGCACACUUCACUCCCUUCUUCCCCAUCGGUGGGAUAUUUAUCCAUCUAUUACUCAAAUCUCCCGUGAUGGAGGCGGUGGUGGUAGAUGCUGGUUCUAAACUUCUCAAAGCCGGCUUUGCCAUCCCUGACCAAGCUCCUUCCAUGAUAAUUCCAACUCAAAUGAAACGCGUUCCUGAGGAUGAUAGCGCUGCAGAUGCAGCGGGUGAGGAGGCGAUGGCGACGGUGGAGGAAGACGCAGUGGACCCAGUUGUCCGUGGCUUUGUGAAGGAUUGGGAUGCAAUGGAAGACCUAUUGCACCAUGUGCUUUACACCGGCCUUGGCUGGGAAAUGGGCAAUGAGGGCCAAAUCUUGUUCACUGAUCCACUUUGCACUCCCAAGGCUAUCAGGGAACAGUUAGUACAGCUUAUGUUUGAGACAUUUAACAUCUCAGGGUUUUAUGCCUCUGAGCAAGCAGUGCUGUCACUCUAUGCUGUUGGGCGCAUAUCAGGAUGCACAGUUGACAUUGGUCAUGGAAAAAUAGAUAUUGCACCAGUAAUUGAGGGUGCUGUUCAGCACAUAGCUUCCAGAAGGUUGGAACUUGGCGGUGUAGAUCUGACAAAGCUGCUGGCAGAAAAGCUCAGUAAAUCAAAUCCAAUGGUGAAACUCAAGAUGUCGGAUGUUGAGAAGAUAAAAGAGCAAUAUGCAUGCUGUGCUGAGGAUGAUAUUGCUUAUGAGAAGAUGCAACAAUCUUGCCUAGAAGAGGAACACACACUUCCUGAUGGCCAGGUUAUCAAAAUUGGAAAAGAAAGAUAUACUAUAGGGGAGGCCUUCUUCCAGCCCUCUAUUCUGGGUUUAGAAACACAUGGAAUUGUGGAGCAACUUGUUCAUAGUAUUUCAACUGUAUCAUCUGAAAAUCACCGCCAACUGCUAGAAAACACUGUGCUUUGUGGUGGCACUACUUCAAUGACUGGGUUUGAAGAUCGAUUCCAGAAAGAAGCUAGCCUCUGCUCAUCUGCUAUCAGCCCUGCUCUAGUAAAGCCUCCGGAGUACAUGCCAGAGAACUUGGUUAUGUAUUCGGCAUGGGUUGGUGGCGCCAUACUUGCAAAAGUUGUGUUCCCUCAAAACCAACACAUAACCAAGGCAGACUAUGAUGAAACCGGACCUUCCAUUGUUCACAAAAAAUGUUUCUAGGGAAUAUCACAUUAGCAUCUACUUGCUUGUUCGAUCACUUCAUUCGUAUAUUAUGAUCUAACAUGUAUUAUAUAGUUGGUGGUUGUAUUGUCAUGUUGCUAGAACAGAUAAUUUUGUUCAGCGUAUGUAGUAUUUUGUUUUCUUGUUAUGUUCCAAGGUUAUGUUGCAGCAAUACUAAUAUCUAAAUGUUACUAGUUGGUAUGGAAGCUAACUAACAGCCGGUUAUUGUUGUGUGUAUUAUUUUAUACUGAAACUUUUUCCUUCA